UAUUAUUAUUAUUAUUAUUAUUAUUAUUAUUAUUACUGCAAUAAAGGGAUAUUUUAGCUUAGCCCGCGGGGCUGUAGUGUUUAUAAACACGGUGCUGCUGCUGACAGACUGCGCAAUACCAGCGCAGCCACAGCUAAGAUAAGCUAAGCUAAUUCACGGCUAUGUUCACUGGAGCUCAAUUUGUUUGGUUUUAUUUAUGGUUUAUUUGUUGCUAAAUCUCUUUAGGGGCCAUUUUCAGUCGGUUAUAGGUUUUAGUGUCAGCGUUAAUAUAAAGGUUUAAAAGUGUAGCUGUGAGUUUUCUGUACGAACAGAGCUAACUAGCUUAGCUUAUCUACUGAACCUGUUUACAGUCGGGUUAAAGUCUAUCAGGCUGCAGGUUCAGACAGUUUUUACCAGUUCGGUUAUUUUUCAUCUUUAUUUUAGAGUUUAAUCCGCUGAGAAGAGGUCUCACAUGUGAUUUAACCUACUGAUUAAUAUGUGUCUGGUGUAAAUAAGAUGACUCUGUUAAUCCCCCUAAAGCCACAUGAUUACAGACUGACAGAAGUGGAAGUGAAAGUAAAGAACUCCAGUCUGUUCUAAUGGCGAGCAGCAGCAGGAACAGUGGGAACAGCAGGAACAGCGGGAACAGUGGGAACAGUGGGGUGAGUAAAGCCACUCUGAGGGAGGAUCUUACCUGCUGUAUCUGUUAUGAACUGUUUACUGAGCCGGUGAUGUUGGGCUGUAUGCAUCACUUCUGUAAGCGCUGCAUCUCCACUUACUGGAGGAGCCUGAGGGGACCGGUCUCCUGCCCCCAGUGCCGGCAGGAGUUCCCCAACAAACACUUCCAGACCAACUACCUGGUGGCAGGACUGGUGGAAAAAGUCAAAGCAACUUCUUCAAAUGGCUACCUGAAGAAUUUACAGAGGCAGCUUAAGAACAGUUUGGACUCCCAGAAGUCCCGUAAAGAAGAAUUCAUCACCAUGAUCCGUAAAGAUGAAGAGCAGAUGGACACAAUAAGAAAAGCGGGAGCUGCGCUCCGGGACCGGAUUCACAGCGACUUCCAGGCCCUGCAUCACUUCUUGCAGGUAGAGGAGGCGGCGGUGCUGGAGCAGCUGCAGAGGGAACAGGAGGUGAUGGAGCAGAGCCUGCAGCGCCACCUGGAGGACCUUCACACAGCUGUACGCGAGCUGGAGGAGAACCUGAACACGAUCCAACAGGCGGCUGGCACCAUAAGCGGCAGCCUGAUGGUGGAGGUGCCAGAAUUCAAUUCCAGGCCACAGAUUCAAGCCAUGACAAUUCCAGAUUUUGAUGAAUUUUGCAGUAAAUAUAUUGCUCCUCUUCAGUAUACAGUGUGGCGAAAAAUGUUUCAGAGUUUAAAACCAGGGCCACUACCCUUGACCUUUGAUGACGACACCGUCCAUCCAAGCCUCCUGCUCUCCCCAGACCGGACUCAAGUGUUUGAGAACGUUGUCAUUCAGCCCUACCAGCACAACCCCAAGCGUUUCGUCCAGUGCGUAAAUGUUCUCGCAGCUCAAGGCUUUCAGACAGGCCGGCAUUACUGGGAGGUUGGUGUUGGGAUCAAGCCCAAGUGGGAUUUAGGUGUUGCUUUAGAAACUGUGGACCGUCAGACCCGGGUCAAGCUGUGCCCUGAGAACGGUUACUGGACCCUCCGCCUCCGUAACGGUCGAGAUUACUCAGCUGGGACUCAGCCCUGGACCUCACUGCCCGUGACCUCCCGACCUCAGAGGAUCGGGGUUUUUGUAGACUGUGAAGAGCGCAGGGUUUCCUUCUACAGUGCUGAUGACAUGCGGCUGCUCUACUCCUUCUCCAAUGGGCCGCGAGCGAAAGCGUUCCCGUUCUUCAGCCCGUGCCUCAGCGAGCCGGGUCAGAAAGUCCAUCCCCUCCGUCUCCUCCAUUUUCCCUCUUCAUAAGUGGCCUCUAAUCUGAUUACUGAGAACUAAAGUAAAAUUAUUUUUAUACUACAAGCCAUACUUAUCAUAAAAAAUACAUAAAAUUUUGUUUUCACUGCAAGUCAAGCAGUGCGUUCAGCAUAGGGCUGAGUGAUCUGGGAAAAAUAAUUGUAUCACCAAAAGAAAUUUGUACAUAUUUAGCAUCAUAUUUUUACACACAGACCAAAUACAUUAAGGGUUUCAAACAGUUAAACUGAACUAAUUCUACUUUCUUUAAUCAAACGUAGAGUUGGUCAGUGUGUUUUUUAAACUGAUGAAAAUCAUUUAUCACAAUAACAGAUUUAUAAUGAUACAAUAAAAUAAUGUUGUAUUGUGUUUAGCUUCACAGUUAUAUGUUUAUAGGGGACUCUUAUCUGUCAUUAGUUGCACAAUUAUUUCAUUAUCUAUACCCAGUGUAGUAUCAUGUUACUGAAUACAAGUACUGGUUUAAAAACAAAUCUAAAUCGCAGAUUGAACACACAAGAAAUAAUGAAUUAAUCAUCUUUUAUUAAUUUUAUUGUUUUUAUGUAUGUAUGUGUGUAUUUAUAUAAUACAGAUUUAUAAUCCGAAAUACAUGUAAGUUAGAAUGUUAUAUCCUGUUGCUAGCUUAUGUAAAGAAGGAGGUACGUACUGAGUAAUGGGAGUAUUUUUGUUAUAAGCACAAUCAGACCUGUGGCAGAAACUUAGCUUUGUGCAUCUUCAGCCCUGCAGUGUGAUGUUCAGUAUCAGGCUGUGGAUUGUUUAUUGUUUAGAGCAAUAAUUUCACCUUUUAGAUACCUGUGGCUGUUCAGCACAUCCUGUGAGACUUUAAGAAGAGACCACACUGCAGAACACUUGUCACUCAUGAUUUAAUAGUAAUCCAGAUGGCUGUUAGCAUUUUAUUUUUGCUUAAACAACAUAUCUUGUAUGCAGAUGCCAAAUGUAUGAACCAAUCAAUCAGCUGUUUAAUCUGAUUCCCUUUUCUUCCAGGCAGACGAGAGCAGGUGCAAAAAGAUAAGAUUUUGCUCAGAUAAUUGACAUUGAUGAAGUGUUGGCACGAAGCGUUCCACAUUACAUGGUCCACAUGACCCCGAGCUAGAAUUUUGUCUCCGUGAAAAACAACAAAACAAGCUUUAUAUGUGAGAUUUUGUUUGUAUCUGCUCUGGAGCGUUUUUGCUUUUGGACGUGAAUCCAAACAAAUAGAAAUGCUGGAGGAGCUUUAAAUAUAUUGUACAUAUAUUUUGCAUUCUUCAAAUGAAUCAUUGUUGGUGAUUUUUUAAGGCACUUUAAAACACUGUGAUUUAUAUAAAAUGUUUGUGAUGGUUGACACAUCUGUACAAAUAUACUGUAUCAUUCUGUAGCGAAAAUCAGUAAUAAAUCUAAUAUCGGUAAAAA